AUGAAGGAGCUGCAUUGUAUUCCUGAAGUCAAUGGGUUGAGUUAUGAGUAUCUGUGCACCCAUCCGAAUCUGGAUCUCCCGAAAGGGUUUAAAGUGCCAAAAUUUGACACUUUCGAAGGAACAAAGAAUUCCUUGGCACACCUGAGAGCCUACUGUGACCAGCUCGUGGGAGUCGGAAGGAAUGAAGCCUUAUUAAUGUGGCUCUUUAGCCGAAGUUUGAAUGGAAAAGCCUUGGAAUGGUUUACUUCCCAUGAGAUAAAGCAGUGGUCUAGUUGGAAUGCACUAGCUAAAGAUUUCAUCGAACGGUUCGCCUAUAAUGUGGAAAUCGUUCCUAAUCGCUAUUCUCUAGAGAGAAUUAAGCGGAAAUCCCCUGAAAGCUAUCGUGAAUAUGCGUAUAGGUGGAGGAAAGAGGCCUCCCGGGUUCGAUCUACUAUGUCUGAGAAAGGGAUCGUUGAAGUGUUCAUAUGCAUUCAAGAGCCAGAGUAUUAUGACAGUGUAAUGUUGCUCAUUGGAGCAAAUUUUGCGGAGAUAGUCAAGAGGGAGGGUGUGUCUUCUAUUUCGUGCGCAUCUGAUGGAAAAGGACACUUCACAAAAUUCUCACCUUACGAAGGUUAUCCUCGAGCUCCUCAAAAUUCAUAUCCAGUUUGUUAUACCCAAUCAGGUUAUCAAACUCCACCAUUGAGUUACCAAAUUUUACCUCCUAAUUACCAAACUCCACUAGCGAGUUACCAAAUUCCAUCUCUUGUUUACCAGACUCCAUCUCCACAUUACCAAAAUACCUAUCCAUAUUACCAAGCUCCAUCAGUUAAUUGUUCAAAUAUCCAAUCAAGUUACCAAAUUCCACCCCCGCACUACCAAAAUACCCCUCCCAGCUAUCGAGCUCCACAAUACCCAAAUUUCCAAACGCAAGCACCAACUCACCAAAAUCCUCCAAACUACUGUCAAAUACCUUCAUAUCCAAGAAAUAAUUACAAUCAUCCUCGCCUAAAUCUUGAGAAGAAACCUUCAAAAGUCUUUACUCCGUUGGUUGAGAGCCGAACACAACUUUUUGAAAGAUUGAAAUCAGCUGGCCUGAUACAGACAAUUGAUCCAAAAAAUAUAAAUGGCAACUCCAAGCUUUAUAGACCCGAUCUUCACUGUGCUUACCAUUCAGGAGGUGCUGGGCAUAUUACUGAGGAUUGUAUCAACUUGAAGCAUAAAAUUCAAGACUUGAUAGAUCAAAAGGUCGUCACUCUUCAGACUGCCACUCCUAAUGUCAAUAGUAACCCCAUGCCAAAGCAUAGAGGGGUAACUAUUAAUAUGGUUAAAGUCGAAGAAGAUUUGAAUGUGAAGAAAGUUAUAAUCUCAGCCUACCUUGAAAAGCUUGAGAAAGUUGUCGCCUCUCCAACCAAAAGAGAGAAAUCCAAAUUUGUGAUCAUGACACCUCAUCAAGCUUUUGCUUUAGUGCUGAAGGAGGGUUAG